AAUUCUCCUGGGUUCGCUAGGCUCUUUCCAGCUUCCUACGCCGGUCAAGCGGCAUGUGUUCCGUCGUCCCCGAUUACUCUCCUGGCUUUAAGAAGCCGCCGGAGACACUGCGCUUGAAGAGGAGGAGGUCUCGGAGAAGUGAUGCCGUCGCCGUCGCGUUUCCGUCCGCGGCAGCCCUCAGGGACUCGCGAAACCCUCGGCUCUGUCCGGGGAGCCGUCGGCGCAACCCCUUCAUGAAAGUGGAGAACACGCCUCGUCUUCUGCCGGAACCCAAUCUGGUUCAGUCUCCAAGUCAGAAAUUUGCCGGAGUGGAGAGGUUAGUGGCGAGGAAUGACGUGUCAAGCAGGUCCGGGAAGCAGUUCUUUAAAAGUCUUCAUGAAGAUGGGUCCAUAUGGAAAGAAGAGCUUUUUGAAAUAGCAACUGCUGACACACUGAUCAAUGACUCUAAUUUGGCCACUUCCAACAAUGAUGUUCUUUCCUCACCAAGUUAUGAAUUUCCUGCAGACUGGAGUAUUAAAACUCGUCUUCUAUUCACUUCUUCUCAAUCAUUUGCAUGGGCAGAUCAUUUAAAAGCUCAGGAAGAAUCCCAAGGAUAUAUCCAGCAUUGUAGAGCAACAUUAAUAAACUUGCCCCAAAGUAUUCAGGAGCCAAAGCUUUCCAGAGAACUUCGAUGUGCUUUCCAGCAAACUCUUGUAUAUUGGCUUCACCCAUUCUUCCCGUGGCUGCCACUUUUUCCUCGAAUUGGAGCCGACAGAAAAAUGGUUGGAAAAAGUCACCCUUGUGACUUUAAUGAAGAACUCCAACAAAUGUUCAUGAGUGAAUGGUCUCUCAGUUUUACCUCUCUUUAUAAUCUGUUGAGAGCCAAGCUGUGUCCCUAUUUCUAUGUUUGUGCUUAUCAGUUCACUGUAUUGUUCCGUGCAGCAGGACUUGCUGGAAGUGAUAUGAUCACUGCAUUAAUUUCUCCCACAACCAAAGGAUUAAGGGAAGCCAUGAAAAGUGAAGGUAUUGAAUUUGAGUUACCAUUCCAAGAAAUUGGACAAAAGAAAUUCAGUGCUGCAGCUUCUGCUUUAGAAACAGAACUUGAAAAAGAUACUGAAAUAACGGGCAAUGAAACUGAAGAAGAACCAGGAAUGAGUGGUGGUGAUGGCGAUGAUGAUGAUGAUGAUGAUGAUGAUGAAGAAGGAGGAUUUUUAUGGCUGGUGGAAAUGGGAGUUGCAGGCAAAAUUAAAAAACCAGACACCAUUUCUACCAAAUUCUGCAAAGAAAAAAAUGAGAUAAAAAUGGAUCACAGGCCUGAAUCUGUGGUGUUAGUAAAAGGGACAAAUACAUUCACUUUGCUUAACUUCUUGAUAAAUUGUAAAAGUUUGGUGGCUUCUGCAGGUCCUCAGGCUGGCAUCCCUCCAACAUUGCUGUCCCCAGUUGCUUUUAGAGGUGCAACAAUGCAAACACUCAAGGCCCGAAGUGUAAAUGUGAGAACACAAGUCCAUUCACAUUACAAAGAUCUAUUUAGUUUAGAGAUUGUGGGCCCUAUCAUGCCCCAUUGUCUCCAUUCUUUGUCCAUGCUACUCAAAUCUGCUCAAAAUGGAACUUUCUCUGCUCUCUGUUAUACACAUGAACCAACAGCUGUGCUCAACACAGGCAUUAGUGACAAGCAGCAUAUAAAGAAGGAAUCUCUUAUCAAAGACCUUUGCAAUUGUGGAUUGCAUCCUAACACUUUAGAUCAACUUACUCGUAAUUCAACACUGGGAAAAUCUUCAAUAAGGCUCCUAGAAAUGAAUGACUAUCUCUACACAUGGAAAAUCUAAGUAACUAAGUAAUUUAAAAUGGCUUACUAGGAACACUUCCUUGUGUUCAAUGAUCAAUAAUUUUACCCAUUGGUAAAAUUUUUGUGUGUAUAAUCCUUACAUAAUUGCUGUUAUUUUUUGUUAAACUUGUAACAACUAAAGUACACAUUUUA